GUGCGAUGACGUCAUCUUUAGGCGACUGUAGUUGACAGCAACAAAAAGAUAGUAAGGUUAGCGUGAAUUAUUCACUUGUUUGUUAUUUCACUGACAAGCAGGUGGAAGCCCCCCUCCGAAGUUCCGACAGCAUGGCGGCCGCUGCAGCGCCAGUGUGGGAUGAGCACCAGGCGUAUGAGGAGCUGCUGUACUGGGACAGCCUGAUCCAACAGGGCCACCGGCUUCUACCAGAGGACUUUGACAGGUAUGAGGAGCUGCGAUAUUGGUAUGACUGCCUGUGCUAUGAGGAGGAGCUUAGACAGUAUCAUGACUACAUUGCUGCUAUUGAGCAGAUUCAUGAUAAACGGCAUCACGAGGAAGUUGCAUCCUCACACGGGCACACAGGGCCAUAUGAUCGUCACGUGAUGGCUAAACACUCUGAAGUGUAUCCCUCGAUGGAGGAACUGGAGGCAGUGCAGAAGAUUGUUUCACAUGUAGAGUGUGCUUUGAAGACUGUGUCUGACCAGAUGGAUUCUCAAAAAGAUGGCAAAGAAAAUACAGAGGCAGAGGGUGAUCUUUUUACCACUCACAGUUCUAGUGGUGACUCAAAGGAGCGUGUGCUGCGUGGCGUUAUGAGGGUGGGCCUGGUGGCCAAAGGACUCUUAUUGAAGGGUGACAAGGACCUAGAGCUAGUGCUGCUUUGUUCCAACAAGCCAACAGUCACCCUGCUUAUGCAGGUGGCUGAGAAGCUAAAUGCACAAUUAGAGGCCAUCGCUGAAGGGACGUACACUGUAAGCCAGUGCCCAGGUGACGCAGCCAUAGUUGUGACAAACACCAAGGACCUAAUCCUGUCUCUCACAAUUUACCUAACAUCCCCUCUUGUUAGGACGGAGCAAGACAGUAAAGCUGCAGAAAGCGACGUAGAUGCGCGAACAGUCAACGAUCCGCCGGACGUUCUGGACAGGCAGAAAUGCCUAACUGCCUUGGCGUCUCUCCGUCAUGCCAAGUGGUUCCAGGCCAAAGUCAGCAACUUAAGUUCUGCUGUUGUGGUGAUCCGUAUUAUGAGGGACUUGUGUAAACGUGCUCCUACGUGGUGGCCACUCUUGGGAUGGCCCCUCGAACUGUUGGUAGAAAAAGUAAUUGUUACGUCCGAAAGACCAAUGGGAGCGGGCGAGUCCUUCCGCAGGGUUUUAGAGUGUGUUGCCUCUGGAAUUCUAUUGGAAGACGGGCCUGGGAUCAAAGAUCCGUGUGAAAAAGAAACAGUGGACGCCAUUGCCACUCUGACUUCACAGCAGCUUGAAGACAUAACGCAAAGUGCUCAGUUUGCCUUGAGGAUGUGUGCAUUUGGACAGAUGCACAAGGUGUUGGGAAUGGAGUACAAACCCACAAAGCCACGGAAAUCAUUGGGAGCCGUCAGCAAGGAUGCCACUGCCCAGAUCGGACCCGCUGGGCCUUUCAGCUUGGCAGCUAAGAGACCUUACACAGAGGUGGAGAAAGUGGACGACGAGCCUCAUCUUAACAGCAAACAGAGGAAGUUUUUAAAGUUCCAGAAGCGUUUUCAAAGGAAAUCAUUUACUGAUGAUUUCACCAUGAAUGCUGUGAUGCGUCUGAACCAAUACAGACCUGGCCUGGAGUACCGGCUUACAUCUCAGACUGGCCCGGUCCAUGAACCUGUUUUCACAAUGGCUGUGGACUUAAAUGGAAAAACCUACGAGGCCACUGGGCCUUCCAAACGAGCUGCCAAACUUAAUGUAGCCAUCAAGGUCUUACAGGAUCUCGGUCUUCCAACAGCCUCAGAGUCAAAAAUGGAUACCUGUAGCGACACUGGAGGAGGCCAGGAAUCCGUAAAUGCUUCUCCAGUAGCCUCCACUACAUCAGAAGAUAGUGGUCAGGGUCCCAUCCUGACAAAAAAUGGCAAGAACCCUGUGAUGGAGCUGAAUGAGAAGCGUCGCAGCCUGAAGUAUGAGCUGUCUGCUGAGACUGGAGGCUCCCAUGAAAAGUGCUUUGUCAUGGAGGUGGAGGUGGAUGGGCAGAAAUUCAAAGGGAGAGGUUCAAAUAAGAAAGAAGCAAAAGCCUACGCUGCCCUCUCAGCCUUGGAAAAGCUAUUUCCUGACGAUAGCGGAGUACAAAACAGGAAUUCUUUAAAGAAGAAAGUCACCUACACUGACAUGCACAUCCCUGGGUUUGGCACUAUUCGUGGCAUUCCUUCAGACUCCGGGACCCGUGGCUGGGGUCCUAACAGAGGUCGAGGCCGCGGCAAACCGUUUCCUUCAGGACCUAGUUAUAACCAAACGAACUACAGCUAUGAGGGCAACACUGCCACAGGCUACCAUCAACUGUAUGGUAGUAAUCCAGCUAGCACCACAGACAGAGUCCCCGGCACCUCGGCCAGUAACAUCGGCUAUGGUACCUUCUACCCAGAGAGCACCACCACCACCACCACCACCACCUACUCCUCACCUCCUGUGUCCAGCACUGACACAAGCGCCACUAAAGUCGAGAGCUACCAGUCGAUGCCACCUCCCACAGAUCAGGAAAGCCCCUACAGCUACGGGUAUGGAGAUGAGAAAAAGAAGCUGCUCACCCAAGGAUCUAACGAAGGACAGGGCCCUGGGGACUACUCUUUGUACAGCACAGCUUACCCCAGCUCAGUGACGGGGGGACAGGUGUAUAAUAAUUAUGGAUGGGGAAACCAGUCAACCUGGGGGAGUCAGCAGGGAUAUAGUAUGUACCAGGGGUUUGGAGGACAAAACCAGGCUUCAUACUCUGGAUACAGUGACAUGCAUUACUGAUCAUCACGCCGUGUACAGUCCUUCACCUCUCUGUGCUGUCUGAUCCACCCUCAACAAUGAACCUGGCUCACUACUUUGGAAAAGGAGGACGAACACUUGUGUUGUCCCAAAACUGUAAAUUCAGCUAUUUUUAUUUUGUCACUCCUUCCAUCUGUUCAAUGAAACUCUUCCGUUACAGGUACAUGUUUUUGACCAUUGUUGCCAUUUUAAAAUGAUUAAACAACACACAUGUAGCUUGGUGGUUAUGGUUAUUUAUGUUGUUUUUUUGUUUGAACAUAGCGAGCUGUUACGGCAUAUGUUUGUUUCUUUUGUAGUUUUUGAACUAAAAAAUGUUAAUGUGUCACUUAACAUGAUCUAAAUCAUGAAUAAAUUUUGAUUUAGGUUUUUGGAUCAAAGUUCAAAGUUG